AUUUUAUCAAGUGACAUUUUAUACGAGUGUAAUUGAAUAUACGAUAACGAUUGAAAAAACACUAAUCUGUGACCUAUAUCGCCCAUCACUAUUUAAUUUUUCUCUUUGUUGUUGUGUUGUUGUCGUCUAUUCCAAAUUUGGUUUGUUUUUAUCAGUCGUCAAUCGCCUUUGUAGCGUUGAUCUGUCAUAUUUGUCUGUGUUUUGCUAAUUUAAUUUUCGCGCAAUGGCUGAAGCUCCCGAGAGCGAGCCUGUGCCCUCGUCCAGCGAGCCCGCUGUCGAAUGCGACGCAAAAGAGGACGAAGGGCCAUUGUUGAAGAAGCGUAAGCUCGCUGACAAAGAAACGACUGAAAAGCUCGAGCACAGGCUCGGGGGCAUCCUGUGCUGCACAGUGUGCCUCGACCUGCCUCCAGCGGCCGUGUUUCAGUGUAGCAAUGGCCACCUUAUGUGCGCCCCGUGCUUCAAUCACUUGCUGGCGGACGCGCGCCUGCGCGACGAGUCGGCCACGUGCCCCAACUGCCGCGUGGACAUCUCCAAGACGCUGGCGUCGCGCAACCUCGCCGUCGAGAAGACGGUCUCGGAGCUGCCGUCCGAGUGCAAGUACUGCACGCAGAUGUUCCCGCGCCACUCGCUGCAGCAUCACGAGGACAAAACUUGCGAGGAUAGGCUGACGGGUUGCCGCUACGAGUGCAUCGGCUGCCCGUGGCGCGGCGCGGCGCACGAGGCGGGCGCGCACGAGGCGGCGUGCGCGCACCCGCGCAAGCCCGCCGCCGACGUGGCCGACGUGCUGGCCGAGCGCGAGCGCCGCGCCAAGGACCACGCCGCCGUCUACACGCAGCUGCUCGACCUGCUCUCGUACGAGAAGAUCACCUUCAAUGAGUUCAGCGAGAGCCCGUCGCCGCGCGGCUGGCCGAGAACCGCGGCGGCCAUGGUGCAGGAAAAGAUCUGUCAACAGAUCUCGGGGCUUGACGGCAACUGUGGUGUGUUCAUUGACCUGCAGCUAAAGCCGUACCGCACCGAGGAGUACGUGCACAAGCUGUACUACGAGACGUCUCGCUUCACGGCCUUCGGCCACCAGUGGGUGGUCAAGGCCUUCGUCAACAAGAACCAGCGAGACCCCACGCAGAGCUCCGAGCGAGAGAUCACUUACCAGAUAAUCCUGAAGAGCAAGCCGAGCAGCCCGCUGCCGCUGCAGUGGCUGUGGCUGCGCGGCCCGUACGGCGAGGCGGCCUGCACGCCGCGCGCGCUGGCGCACGCCUUCAGCGACGACGCGCCCGACGCGCCGCCGCUGCCGCUGCCGCUCGCCGACCCCGCCGACGCCAACCGCCUGCUGCUCAACAAGGCCAUACAGUUCCGCCUCAUAAUGUUCCUGGCGACGAAGUGAGGCGGCCCGCGCGCGCCGCUCCCCCGCGCCCUCCCCUCCCCCUCCCUGUCCGCAGGGAACCCCGAAAUCAUGAUUUGAAAUUAGAAUGU